AUGACGGCUAUUCAGGACUAUCAGUACCGACCACUCGUGGAAGAUGACAACUCGCGCUUCAUACAGUUGUAUCCAGCGGCGCAGUUCGACGAUCCCAUACACGUAGAUCUCGUCGAGCGGGCGUACGAUGCCUCGAAUACCGAUGGCCCGACCGGCUACGAAGCUUUGUCCUAUACGUGGGGCACAGAUCUGGAUUCGGCUUACAUCUUUGUUGCGCAAGAUUCUCGCUUGCUUGUCCGUCGCAAUGUUACCCAGAUCUUGGGGUAUCUGAGGGACGAACCCGGACACGAUUUGCAAGCGUUCAAGGUCGGGCCUCCAAAUAAAUACUUCUUCACUGGGGAGGACGACGACAUCACUCGUGCAAUGAAGUUCCUCGAGACUGGAUGGUUUACUAGGCGCUGGGUAAAAUACUACCGGUCUUCGAACGGAUGA